AUGUCCGGCUAUUUCUCCAACUGUCGUUCAAAUUUCCUUACAGGUAAAUCGGCUCUUCUGGUUCUCGAUUGUCCGGACAGUACAGUAGCUAGAAAUUUUGGUUACGGUCUCGGUGGAAAUCGUGUUGAAGGUAUUGCUGACGGUUUUGCUGAAGUUCUUGCUGGAGAUCGCGCUCGAGCUCUUGCUGGAGAUCGCGCUCGUGGUCUCGCUGGUAAUCACGCUCGUGAUAUUGGUGGAGAUCGCGCUCAUGGCCUUGCUGGAGAUCGCGCUCGUGGUCUCGCUCGAAAUCGCGCUGAGGGCAUUGCUGAAGAUCGCGCUCGUGGUCUUGCUGGUUAUCGCGCUCCUGGUCUUGCUGGAUAUCGCGCUCCUGGUCUUGCUGGAUAUCGCGCUCCCGGUCUUGCUGGAGAUCGUGCUCGUGGUCUUGCUGGUUAUCGCGCUCCAGGUCUUGCUGGAGAUCGCGCUCGUGGUCUUGCUGGAUAUCGCGCUCCUGGUCUUGCUGGAGAUCGCGCUCCUGGUCUUGGUGGAUAUCGCGCUCCCGGUCUUGCUGGAUAUCGCGCUCCUGGUCUUGCUGGAUAUCGCGCUCCCGGUCUUGCUGGAGAUCGUGCUCGUGGUCUUGCUGGUUAUCGCGCUCCAGGUCUUGCUGGAGAUCGCGCUCGUGGUCUUGCUGGAUAUCGCGCUCCUGGUCUUGCUGGAGAUCGCGCUCAUGGCCUUGCUGGAGAUCGCGCUCGUGGUCUCGCUCGAAAUCGCGCUGAGGGCAUUGCUGAAGAUCGCGCUCGUGGUCUUGCUGGUUAUCGCGCUCCUGGUCUUGCUGGAUAUCGCGCUCCUGGUCUUGCUGGAUAUCGCGCUCCCGGUCUUGCUGGAGAUCGUGCUCGUGGUCUUGCUGGUUAUCGCGCUCCAGGUCUUGCUGAAGAUCGCGCUCGUGGUCUUGCUGGUUAUCGCGCUCCUGGUCUUGCUGGAUAUCGCGCUCCUGGUCUUGCUGGAUAUCGCGCUCCCGGUCUUGCUGGAGAUCGUGCUCGUGGUCUUGCUGGUUAUCGCGCUCCAGGUCUUGCUGGAUAUCGUGCUCGUGGUCUUGCUGGUUAUCGCGCUCCUGGUCUUGCUGGAGAUCGCGCUCCUGGUCUUGGUGGAUAUCACGCUCCUGGUCUUGCUGGAUAUCGCGCUCCUGGUCUUGCUGGGAAUCGCGCUGACGGUAUUGCUGGGGGUUUUACUGGAGAUCGCGCUCGUGGUCUUGCUGGAGAUCGCGCUCAUGGUCUUGCUGGAGAUCACGCUCGUGGUCUCACUGGAAAUCACGCUCGUGAUCUUGGUGGAGAUCGCGCUCAUGGUCUUGCUGGAGAUCACGCUCGUGGUCUCACUGGAAAUCACGCUCGUGGUCUUGCUGGUUAUCGCGCUCCUGGUCUUGCUGGAGAUCGCGCUCCUGGUCUUGCUGGAUAUCACGCUCCUGGUCUUGCUGGAUAUCGCGCUCCUGGUCUUGCUGGAUAUCGCGCUCCUGUUCUUGCUGGAGAUCGCGCUCCUGGUCUUGCUGGAGAUCGCGCUCCUGGUCUUGCUGGAUAUCGCGCUCCUGGUCUUGCUGGAUAUCGCGCUCCUGGUCUUGCUAGAUAUCGCGCUCCUGGUCUUGCUGGUUAUCGCGCUCCUGGUCUUGCUGGAUAUCGCGCUCCUGGUCUUGCUGGAUAUCGCGCUCCCGGUCUUGCUGGAGAUCGUGCUCGUGGUCUUGCUGGUUAUCGCGCUCCAGGUCUUGCUGGAGAUCGCGCUCGUGGUCUUGCUGGAUAUCGCGCUCCCGGUCUUAAUGGAGAUCGUGCUCGUGGUCUUGCUGGUUAUCGCGCUCCUGGUCUUGCUGGAGAUCGCGCUCCUGGUCUUGCUGGAUAUCACGCUCCUGGUCUUGCUGGAUAUCGCGCUCCUGGUCUUGCUGGGAAUCGCGCUGAUGGUAUUGCUGGGGGUUUUACUGGAGAUCGCACUCGUGGUCUUGCUGGAGAUCGCGCUCAUGGUCUUGCUGGAGAUCGCGCUCGUGGUCUCACUGGAAAUCACGCUCGUAAUCUUGGUGGAGAUCGCGCUCAUGGUCUUGCUGGAGAUCGCGCUCAUGGUCUUGCUGGAGAUCGCGCUCGUGGUCUUGCUCGAUAUCGCGCUCGCUGUCUCGCUCGAAAUCAAGCUGAGGGUAUUGCUGUCUUGCUGAAGAUUGCUCUAAAGGUUAUUGUGAGUGAGAUAUUCAGUAAGACAGCCAGCGAGAUGCUUAAUUAUACAACCAAGAACAUGAUUAAAAGCCAGACCGUUAUUGAAAUUCCUAGAAAGAUGUACUGUAAGAUAGUCAGCAAUUUAAUAGGCAUGAUAACCAAAAUGAUAUUUAGCAAUAUGAACAUCAAGAUAUUCAGUGAAAAAUGA